UGUAAUUAUUAUCCAUUCCCACGUCGUACCGGAAAAAUGACACUCCGUCUAGUGUCAGCUCCGCCGUCGUUCUCUCUCUUCUCCUGCCGCGCCACCGCAUCCACCGCCCUCCCUCCGCCGACACCGACGCCGACGCCGGCGCCGACGCUUAUUUCUUCAAUUCCACAGUCCCCGCCGCUAACAUGCGCACUUCACUGUCCGCACUUCCAAUCGUGUUCGGGGUGCACGCACGAGUUCAAUCUCCACCGUCCGGUGAUAUUGGACGACGCCACCAAUUUCUUUCGGAAACACGGCGUCUCCGACUUCACAUUUGACACGUGCAAACUGUGGGGUUGGAGGUGCCGUGCGAAAUUGGCCGUGCGUGGCUCUUCGACGGAGCCUCUCAUUGGGCUCUAUGAGGAGGGUACUCAUAACGUAGUUGACAUUCCACAAUGCCAAGCUCAUCAUCCUAAUAUUAAUGCUGCUGUGGAGCUGCUUAGACGGGGUAUUAUUGAAAUAGGUGUUGAGCCAUAUAUUGAAGAUGAAGGUACUGGUGAUUUGCGAUAUGUCCAGAUGGCUGUGACAACAUAUAACACAUCUCUUCCUGCGGCUCAAAGAUAUAAGAAUGGAAAGGUUCAGGUUACAUUGGUUUGGAAUUCAAGAAAUGAAAACUCACCCGGUUCAGACAAACUGAAUGCAUUAGCAAAUUUUCUGUGGAAAAAUGGUGGUCAAAGGAGCAGGCUUCAUUUAAUUCACUCUGUGUGGGCCAACUUUCAGACUUCUACUAACAAUAUAAUUUUUGGGAAUAAAUGGAGACAUCUUCUUGGAGAAAGAGAUUUUUGGGAACACGUUGGUGGAAUUGAUGUAUCCUUGGCACCUUCUAGUUUUGGCCAGGCAAACACACGGGCUUUUGAUGCCUUGCUUCGGAGGUUACAGAAAUAUGUUCCAUAUGAAUCAGAUGUUGCUGAUUUGUAUGCUGGAGCUGGGGUCAUUGGGUUGUCAUUAGCUGCCACAAGAAAGUGCAGAUCUAUUAAAUGCAUCGAGAUUAACAAAGAGUCAAAGGCAUCUUUUGAGAAGACCAUUGAACGGUUACCUGCCACCGUUGACAGCAGUAUUACUUGGCAUCAUGCAGAUGCUUCAAAAGAGCCCUUUUUGUGGCUUUUGGGUUCAGAUGUUGUCGUCAUUGAUCCUCCCAGGAAAGGACUAGAUGCAUCUCUUAUUGAUGCAUUGAAGAAUAUAUCAUCAGUCGAGCGUAAAGCCUUUUCAUCUUCUGGAAGCUCAAACUCAUCCCAGGAAGAGAAGAGACCUUGGGUUUUACGUGCUAAAGAAGAUUCAGUCCAAAUUGGAAGCAAACCUCCAACUAACAUAGCUCAAUCAGUGCCACAAACCCUUAUUUAUAUAAGUUGCGGAUGGGAAAGUUUUAAAGAGGACUGCAAGUCAUUGUUGUCUAGUAAGGCAUGGUAUUUGGAAAAAGCUCAUGGUUUUAAUUUCUUUCCUGGCACCCAGAGCAUUGAAGUUCUAGCAGUGUUCAAGAGGGGCCCUCAGAAAAAGAAACAAGGAAAGAAAAAGAAAAAACACUUGCAAGGAGCUGUGAGACAUUAAUUAGUACAUGGUUCAAUAUGCCGGUUUUCAUGUACACCAGCAAAUCAGUGUGAGAUCCUGCAGGGAGGAAAAGAAAUGGAUAUGUUUUGUAGCAGUCUCGAUUGGGAAAAAUUUACCAUGGCCUUUUUUUGGGUGGGUGGGUGGGGGGAAAUUGUUUGUACUGGUGGAAAAGGGAAUUAUGUUUCUUCAUUUGAUAAAUUGUGUUGAAAGAAUAUUAAAAUUUGAAUAUAGUUUUUACACUGCUUUUGUAUCU